UAUGCUAUGUCAAUUUGCGCGACUAACAAGUGUUUUGAAAAUGUGGUUUGAGGGUUUGAAGUGACUAACCCAUUUGCAUAAAAACAGCUGUUAUUUCGCAAGAAGUGAACGAUAUUUUGCGUUACAGAGCCUGUCGAUUUUGUAUAUUGAACUUUUUUUACGUAUUUAUUUCGUGUUGUAUGUUUGAGAUAUGGAUGAACAAAUAUUUCCCCCAUCGCCGAAUUGGUAUUCUAGUAACGUGAUAUCCUGCGGGGAGUCCGGUCGCAUUGCUUAUGCUUCUCGGAAUAAUAUAGUUUUAGUUAACACUCCAGCAGCACUUACUGUUGACUGUAAGAUAAUAUGUGAAGCACAUAAAGAUAAAGUAAAUGCCAUAACUUUCUGUAAGUCUGUUGGGAAUAAUAGCUACACAAACUGGCUGGCUUCUGUCGGCGGCGAUUCGGUAGUUAAAAUGUGGGACACAAACCUGUGUACCGUAGUUUUGGCUCAUAACGCUCAUGGAAUGGCUGACAAGAUAACAUGCAUGGAUUGGUCACCGGCUGACCCUCAUUUAGUUGUGUCUGCCGACGAAUCGAAUUUAGUUUGUUGGGAUUUGAAAAGCAACACAACACGCUGUGUCAAACCUGGAAAGUUAUUACCUACCAGCCUCUCCUGUUCGUCGCAUGAAAAAUCUAUUGUUGCAUUAGGCACAAAAUACGGAUUAGUAUGUGUUGUUGAUAUAAGAGGUGAUGGUAAAAUUCUGUAUCGAAUGCGUGGUCAUUCGACAGAAGUUGUAUCACUGUCAUGGUGCCCUGUCAGCCAAAAUGUGUGCAGUCAGCAAGAGGAGAACAAAGACAUGUUGCUUGCAUCGGGUGGAAAAGACAAAGAAGUCUACGUCUGGCGUGCUGGAGGUGAUGGCCGCUACGAGCUGUUGCUGAAUUUACCUGAUGCUCCUUUAACUGGUCAACACAGAAAGGGACCUUCUGCCUCUGCUGGUGGUUCAGUGAACUGGGUUUCUGUGUGCUGGGCAACUGGAGACACACUGUUGACUAAUUCACUAUGGGGAGAGCUCCUAAGUUGGAAUGUACGAAAGAUCGCUGCAGCUAACAGAAAAGGUGAAGGCACUCGAAGGAAACCAUGGAAGUUAAUUCAUUCCUGUCAUGCACGAGGUUUAUUCAGCAUUAUGUGCAUUCCAUGCAUGGAAUGUGGAGUUCUCAAUAACACUUUGGAAGAAGUGAAAACUGACGCCAAACAAUGCGAAAAAAACCACAUUGUAUGGACAGCAGCACAAGAUAGACACAUCAUUGGUUGUGACCUACAUACAGGAAAAGUUGCUUUUGAUAUAGCCACCAUGGGUGGAUUUGUAUAUUGUCUUGCUGUGUCACCCCUUGACACUAACAGGAUCGCUGUUGGAGUAGGGGAUGCAAUGAUUCGUGUGUGGAAUCUCAGUAAUAAAAGUAAGAUUGAUAUUACCGCAUUUUGGCAGAAGAUUAAUGGGAAAGUAACAGCAUUGGCCUGGCAUCCUAUAGAAGAGGAUCGACUCGCUUAUGGAACUGCUGAGGGCCGAGUUGGUAUAAUGAAUGUUUCGUCUGGUGGCCCACCUACAGUAUUGAAGCUAUAUCAUCGCAGGACAGUUUAUUCACUUACCUGGGGUCCAUCUCUAUCAAAAGGUUCCUCUGAAGCUGCUGAUAAACAUUUGCUGCUCUACUCAUGUGGCGAUGGUGAGGUUGUCAUAUAUGAUCCAAAGAAACCAGACGCAGCUCCAUAUCUCCUGAAUUCUGAACUAAGAAAAGAAAGCAGUCUACAGAAUAAAGGCUCUAAGACAGAAGUCUCCUGGAAUUCCGAGUGCAGCUUGUUGGCUGUUGGUAAUGACGAUGGGUCCGUCCAAGUCUGGAAAAUUCCUGAUUUAUUAGAAAUCAAACUUUACCCUCAUAAGAAAGCAAUACAGUCUUUGGUGUGGCAUCCUGCUAGCACCUAUACUGAUACAGAAUUCUCAGUAUGUCGAAACUGGUUGGCAGUUGCAUCUAAUGAAACAGUAAUUAAAGUAUAUGAUUUAAAGCGCCUGUUGGAAGGUAGUGCAACCACUGACAGAAAACCAAUGGCUGAGUUGAGUGGACAUUUGAGCAGGGUAGUGAGUGUGUCUUGGAGUCCACAUAUUAGUGGUCAGCUUGUAUCUGCUUCGUAUGAUGGAACAGCGCAGGUGUGGGAUGUUAGAUCUCAACAGCCGAUCGCAAAUUGUUCAUUGCACAGUGAUGCUGUACUGUGUUGUCUGUGGAGCCCUCUUGAUCCUGAUUAUAUUAUAACUGGCUCAGCAGAUAACACACUAUGUGUGUGGAAAAUCAGCAAACAGACUAAUAAGGUUCCCAUUGAAAACAGGAAACAGAAAAAACAGGCAAAAAUGCACAGCAAAACUGUUUCAAAAAUGCUAGCACAAAAUGCAGAGGAUAAAUUGCCCCAAGGUAACAGCGUGGGAAAUAAUGGAACUUCAGAUGCAGUGGCAGGUGGGAUUGAGUAUGCAACAACUGAAAAAGGUUCCGUUGGAAAACAACUGUCCAAGUCAACAAGGCUUCAGAUUCGUAAAUCACACUUUCCAGUCUCAUCACAGCAGCGAAGUCUAGGAAAAGUAGAGGACUUUGCUCGUAUACAGAGGAUGUUAUCAGGAUCUAAUAUUGGCCCUACUUUUUUUGGGCCCCGUGAGGAUCUUGUGAAGCUUCUAGAUGCUGAAGAGGAAUUGCAUACAAAAAAUGGACAUUUUGAGUUUGUGCAAGAAAUGGAACAUUGGAAAGGAAACCUGGCAAAUAUAAUAAAAGAAGCAACUGAGAGAAAGAGUUUAAGUGAUUGGCUGGUUUCAUUAUCACCCAUGAUCUCCCAAAGAGUGUGGAGAGAGACAGUAGAGGUUUAUGCCAAGCAGCUUACUGAUGCUGGUUUUUAUCAUAAAGCAGCCUCAUAUUUAUUGGUGUUGAAUAAAGUGAAUGAAGCAGUGAAAAUGUUGUCAUCCAACAAACUUCAUCGGGAAGCAUUGAGCAUAGCUAAAUGCAGACUUUCAGAAGACGAUCCUUUGAUUAAGAAUGUGCUACAUGAAUGGGCAACUCAUCUCAUAAAUGGUGGCAGCUAUGAACAAGCAACAGAGUGCUUGUUGGCGACAGGUGAUAUGGUGGAAGCAGCUAAAGUGAUUGCGAAGCGACCAGAACCAGAGGCUCUCUGCAUUGCUGUCCAGAUUGCACAGAAAGCAGGGGAUCUAGACCUUGCUAAUGCUUUUCUAAAGAAAAGUGUGUGUGAAUAUCUCCUUCAUGAGAAGUGGGAUUCUGCACUUGAAAUGCUUCACCACAACAUAAACAACAACAACACUUUGAAGUUUUUGGUCAUUGUUCAUAAAACAUUGAUUACCAUGAGAAAUUCAUCAAUGGAAUCAUCUGAUAAAGAUAACUGGGCAUGGUUGCAAGGUUAUUCAAAAAAUACUGAACCACUGACUGAGAAAAUAAAAGCUUUGUGGGUGGACUAUAGUGGUACACCAUCAAUUGAUGUUAUCCAAGAAGGAAUUUUGGAAAAAAACUUCAGUCUUCCUUUAUCUGCAAAAGAGUUGUGGCUUGCAGUAAGUGAAAAUGUGUGUGCUGCGUGCAGCACAAACGGUGAGGAGAGGUUACAUCACUUAAUUCAUGCUCUUGGUAAAUGUUAUCAAUUUGAACUGUGCAAUCCUGAUGACAACAGUCUUCUUCAACUCAGUAUGUGGCUAGCACCUAGAGGUCCCCUUCAAGAUGAACUUUUCAAAGUUUCUGAUCACAGCAACAUGUAUUUGCAUAAGAGCAUAAGAUGUUAUAUAGUUGCUGAGAUAUGUCGAUGGGUUGAAAAUAUUUCUGUGGGAUCAGAAACAAAGAGGGUGAGCCAAUCCAGCAAAGAUGUAGAAGGCUCAUGCGAUGGAUAUGAUGAUGGCGUCACUACCAAUAUUGUAGUUGCAUCUCACUCUUAUACUGGCAAAGAAGUUACAACUUCAAAAGAUGAUGAGAAGAUUCAGUCAGAAGAGAAAAAUGGUUUAAAGGUCUCCAUUACUUCAGAAGAAAUAGUCCAGCCUGGAAAAGAUGCAGAGAACUCAGAAGAGAGCUUUUGUAUAAUUGAAAGAGAAAGCAAUGAUAAGAAUGGGGAAGAGGUCAACACAGAUAGUGAUAAAGUAUAUACAGUUGUAGAAAAUGAACAGAUCAGUCAAUUACAAACCACUGCAGGUAAUUUAAAAGAAAUUACUAUUGCAAAGGACAAUGAAGAUUGGGCCUGUGUAUGUGAAAUUCUUAAACAGUAUUUUCCAGAUGUUAUAGAAGAAAGUGCAAUUAGACAUUUCAAGAACCAGCUGGAGGUAAAAAAACUGGAGCAACAGUUAGCUAACUGCAUUGCAAAAUCUCAACAAAAUACAUCACCAUUAUCAGAUGAGCACUCUGAAAAUGAAAAACUUUUGGCAACACUCACAAAACUUAAACAAGAAAUAACAGUGUUUGAAGCCCAGAGAGUUAAUGUACCAAACCCAUUUAUAAGUUACUGCAAAAUGGUUAAUGUUUGUCAGAUAAUUGCUGAGAAAUUUCCAGUUGAGGGAAAUGAACUGCUGGAAAACGUUAAAAGUUCUUGGAAUUUGAAAAUUGGCUCAUUAAGUUAAGGGUGGUGCAAUUUCAAUGCAGACAUGGGAGUUGUAGAACUACUGAUGCCCCUUCAAACUUUACAGCUUCUGACAACAAUAUGUCAUAAAAUGUGUGAAAUGUUAUGUGAAAGUAAAAUUCCAACUUAAGACAUGUAAAUGUCAUAUUUAAA